UGCUUCCCUCCACCGCCGGGAGCCGCCGCCGUCGUGCGCGCGAAGAUGGCGGGCCUGGCCGAGGCGGCCCCGGGUGGCGGGGAUGGCGGCGGCGGGGCAGGACCCCGCCGGGGCUCCCCGCCGGAACCCUUGCCACUACUGCUGCAGGCGGAAGGCGGGCAGCCGCGGCAGAGCAGCUUAUCCAGCGGCGGCGAUAGGCAGUCUCCGCCUCGCACCGAAACGCUGGGCUUCUACGAGAGCGACAGACACCGCAAGCAGCAGCAGCAGCCGUGCCGCGCGCCCUCUGAUCUUUCUCUACUGAGGUUUAUCAAUGCAGAGCUAACAAGAGGUUACUUCCUUGAACACAAUGAAGCCAAGUACACAGAACGGAGAGAGAGAGUGUAUACAUGCAUGCGAAUACCAAGAGAAUUGGAAAAGUUGAUGAUUUUUGGAAUCUUUUUGUGCCUGGAUGCUUUCCUUUACAUAUUCACCCUCCUCCCAUUAAGAGUUUUUCUGGCAAUGUUCAGGUUCAUCACAUUGCCUUGUAGUAGCUUGCGCUAUCACCUAAGGAUGGGCCUAAGGAUGAGCGAUAGACGCCUGCUGCAGCCAGCCCAGGUGUGUGAUAUUUUCAAAGGUGUAAUACUUGUAAUUUGCUACUUCAUGAUGCACUAUGUUGAUUAUUCCAUGAUGUACCAUCUGAUAAGAGGACAGUCUGUAAUUAAACUCUACAUCAUCUAUAAUAUGCUUGAGGUAGCUGAUCGUUUAUUUUCAUCUUUUGGACAAGAUAUCUUGGAUGCUCUCUAUUGGACUGCAACAGAACCAAAAGAAAGGAAAAGGGCACACAUAGGGGUCAUUCCCCAUUUCUUCAUGGCAGUGCUGUAUGUCUUCUUGCAUGCUAUCCUUAUUAUGGUCCAAGCAACAACACUCAAUGUAGCCUUCAACUCCCACAAUAAAUCACUUCUUACUAUCAUGAUGUCUAACAAUUUUGUGGAAAUAAAAGGAAGUGUUUUCAAGAAAUUUGAGAAGAACAAUUUAUUUCAGAUGUCAAACAGUGAUAUCAAAGAGAGAUUCACCAAUUAUGUGCUGUUACUGAUAGUUUGCCUAAGAAAUAUGGAACAAUUUUCAUGGAAUCCAGAUCAUCUGUGGGUAUUAUUCCCUGAUGUCUGUAUGGUGAUUGCAUCAGAGGUUGCUGUUGAUAUUGUGAAACAUGCUUUCAUAACCAAAUUCAAUGACAUUACAGCUGAUGUUUACAGUGAAUACAAAGCCAGCCUUGCCUUUGACUUUGUUAGCAGUCGACAGAAAAAUGCAUAUACAGAUUACAGCGACUCUGUUUCCAGGCGAAUGGGCUUUAUUCCACUCCCACUGGCUGUUUUACUCAUUAGAGUUGUUACAAGUUCUGUAAAAGUCCAAGGGGUCUUGUCCUAUUCCUGUGUUAUUCUUUUCUGUUGUGGUUUAAUAUCACUUAAGGUACUCAACAGCAUUGUAUUGCUGGGAAAGUCCUGCCACUAUGUCAAAGAAGCAAACAUGGAAGAGAAGUUGUUCAACCCACCUCCUUCCAGCACCCCAGGAAAAUCUGUUGGCAAACAGAGCAAGUACAAGUCUCCUCAAGGACUUUCCACUGAGGAAGGCUUCUCUGCUUCAGUGACCAGUCAGCCUGUGCACCCAAAGGAAAAUAUAGCUCCCCAACUGGUGACAAGUCCCUCUGACCAGUUUCUGACCACUCCUGACGGAGAUGAGAAAGACGUAUGCCAAGACAACGCAGAAUCCAAAUUCAGAUCUACAAAGAAAGAUUUGUUGGAGAUAGACAGGUUUACCAUUUGUGGAAAUCGAAUUGACUAGCAGACUGUGAGUGAGAGACUGAGUAGUUGGAACAGGAAGAGCUGUCAGUGACAGACAGAUGCCAAAUAGGCAUACCAAUAUUUAUUUAAAACUUAAAUUAUUAAACAGCAAAUCUAUUGACGGGGGGUAAGUUGGCUUAAAAAUGGAUCAAGCAUCAGCUUUGUAACUUUGGUAUUUUGAAAAAUGAAAUGAGUAUUUUUUUUUUUUUUAAAAAGAAACCAGAGCUGCAGGGUCACUUUUCUGAAAAGUGACCUACCUCUAAAUUACCCUUUUCCUUAUAUGAAUCUGUGCUUCAUUGACACUUUGUUUUGCCAGGCCAUAGAGAAUUUUGAAAAAUUCUCGAGAAGCACCUCUCUCCCCCUUGCUUUCAUGAGCAGAUCUCUCCCUCAAUUAAAAAAUACUACUGUCCCAAAUCUUAAGCUUUUAAAUCAAAAAUUAAUCAUAACAAGGAAAAAGUUGAAAGUUUGAAGAAACAAGAAGUCAGGAACGUAUCCCUUUGCUCUUCAGCAUUUUAAGUAUCAAUGUAGAAAUCAGUAUGCUUCAGUUCCAGCUGCCAGCCUAUUCACUGCAAGAAUUUUCUUUGUGUUAUAUGUCAAACAACUGAAGAGUAUUUCUUUUUUUGCUUUGGCUGGAAAAGCUGCAUGUCAUCAAACAACAGACUGAAAUAGAUUUUCCUGAAAAUUAGCUUUAUGAAAUGCUUGGUUUUGAAAUACGAAGCAGCUUCACUUGAUGUGUAUAGAGGAGUGCAUAGAAGAUUAAGACAAGAAUUAUGGUUCUUUUUAGCUCAACAUACUUAAGAGCAAAUGUAUACUCAAGGUGCUCCUUUCUUCUCUAUCCUCAAUGCCUAAGAAACACAAUGCAAUAUCAAGUGUCUUUUUUUUUUAAAUAUAAAGCUAAAUUUUGUGUGUUGAAUAAUAAGCAAAUCUUUGGCAAUUUACUUCUUAGCUCUUGCAGAGUGGCCAAAACAAAUAUUUUAAAAUGCUAAUGUUUGAAGUCCAGAAUACUUUUAUUAUUUCCCCAAAGUUGAGAAGAUGACUACGUGGGAAUGGUAUCCUGACAAGCAGAUUUCAAGAAAGAAGGCAGUAUGGAUAGUCAGGUGUUUCUAAUAAUUUUCUCCCCAUGCUGCCAACCUCCUUUGAUCAGCUUCUCAAUUUAAGAGAACAUUGUGGGAGAAAUGUAAAGCUUGAAGUUGAAGUUUACAAGAGAUUAAUUUCAUAGAUGUGCUGCUUCUGGCAAAUUUGAUUCAUUAAAAUUCAAUUCAGAACAUUUUUUAAAUCUUAUAAUUUGAUUUUAUUUAAAUGUAGCUGAAAGGAAGCUUAGAAUGAUCUUUUCCUUGUAAAAUAAUUAUGUAUGGAUUUUAUAAGUGCAUCUUGUGUGUCAAAAUAAAAAACUCAAUUUUGUAGCUUUUGUUUACAAAAGAAAACAGCAACUAUAUAUAUUCAAGACUCCCAGCUUUUUUGCUAGAAGAAAUUUAAAGGAUGUGGAAGCUAAUCCAACCAUCCUCAAGUAUUCUAUGCACACAUAAGAGAGACAAUUUUUCCAGCAGGAGCCCUAAAGAUUGAUGGGCUGCUCAUGUUUGUGUGGAAAAUGCUGUUGGCAGGUUCAUAUAUCUGUGACUACAAAGAGUAUCUGUAUGUCAUUGUGCUGUUGGAACUUUAUAUUUCUUGGCUGAAAUCCUGACUAAAGCCCUUUUGGUUUUAUCUUUUGCUAAAAUUCCAUUGGCAUCAGCCUAUGUUGAGAAAAUAAGCUGUUUUUACCAUUUCAUAGUUUCCCUAGCACUGAAAACAAAAAUUGACCUGAAAUUUGCUGAACUUGACCUAAUUUCAAAUAUCCUAAAAU